CCUCCCACGCUCGCUUUCGGGACGCGCUCCCACCGCAGCGUAGGAGAAUUAGCGGUGGGGGCGGGAGGGCGCCGAUACCCCUGACUCCGCUUGGCCCGGUGCCCACACCCUCUGCUCCCCAGGUGCCCGACCCCUGCUAUCCUCCUGCAGUCAUCUCGUCAUCUUUCGGGCGCACGGGGCGCCCACCCAUCCCGUGGUAUCCUCCGGCCUUCUCCAGUCCCCGGCUCCUCCCGGAAGCCGCACCUCUUGCUCCGGGGGCGCGGGGCUCGUGGCCCCAAGCUCAGGGCUAGAGGCGGGGCGGGGCGCACGGGGCCUUUAAGAGGCGCGGCAGCUCGGACCCGGCUGACGCGGGCAGCUCCAGGACUCGCCACCCGCCGCGCACCGGUUCCUUUCUGUCGACCGCACCGCAGCGAUGGAUGGAGAUGGUGAUCCAGAGAAUGUGAGCCCCCCCGAAGAGGAGACCCCAGAGGAGCAGCCGGAGGAGGCGGGCGCCGAGGCGAGCGCGGAGGAGGAGCAGGCGCGGGAGGAGGAGGACGAGGUGGAGGCCACGGAGUACCUGGCGGAGCUGCCCGAGCCGCUGCUGCUGCGCGUGCUGGCCGAGCUGCCCGCCUCCGAGCUGGUGCAGGCCUGCCGCCUGGUGUGCCUGCGCUGGAAGGAGCUGGUGGACGGCGCCCCGCUGUGGCUCCUCAAGUGCCAGCAGGAGGGGCUGGUGCACGAGGGCAGCGCCGACGACGAGCGGGACCACUGGCAACAGUUCUACUUUCUGAGCAAGAGGAGGCGCAACCUGCUGCGCAACCCGUGCGGGGAAGAGGACUUGGAGGGCUGGUGCGACGUGGAGCACGGUGGGGACGGCUGGAGGGUGGAGGAGCUGCCCGGAGACAGUGGGGUGGAAUUUACCCAAGAUGCCGGCGUUCAGAAGUACUUCGCCUCCUCCUUCGAGUGGUGUCGCAAAGCGCAGGUCAUUGAUCUGCAGGCUGCGGGCUACUGGGAGGAGCUGCUGGACACCACCCAGCCCGCCAUCGUGGUGAAGGACUGGUACUCGGGCCGCACGGACGCCGGCUGCCUGUACGAGCUCACGGUGAGGCUGCUGUCGGAGCACGAGGACGUGCUGGCGGAGUUCGGCAGCGGGCAGGUGGCGGCGCCGGAGGACGGCAGCUGGACGGAGAUCUCCCACACCUUCACCGACUACGGGCCGGGCGUCCGCUUCGUCCGCUUCGAGCACGGAGGGCAGGACUCGGUCUACUGGAAGGGCUGGUUCGGGGCCCGGGUGACCAACAGUAGCGUGUGGGUGGAACCCUGAGCGACCUCCCCUCCCCCCACCAGCCACCCUCUAGGGCAGAAGCCUGGGGUAAAAAAGCCUUAAUUUAGCUGGUAGCAUCCUCACCUGCCUCGUCCACCUUGCACCUGCCUCUCUCCCGCCCCUUCCUCCAGCCUGGUCCCCUAGGGGAGGGAAGGAUGUUUGUUGCUGUACUGUGGGAAGGCUUCCAUUGGCGUCUCCACAGCGGUUGCUUCUAGAAUGUACGAUUCCGAGGGGGUUACGGGGCUGCUGCUGGAUCCCGCGCACCUAGCAUUGUGCCAGCCUCAAAGUCGGCACUCAAUAAAUAUUUGUUCAAAGAAGGAAAUA